UUGUCAAUCAAUUUGUCAAUAGCCUGUGGGAGGUAUUAGUUUGCGUGUGAUUUUUAGAUAAAAACAAUUAUUGUGAUGCGUCAUAUUUUUUAAAAUAUUUAAUUCGAAAGUAUGACUACACCGCAAGAUAGUAUUGUAGUAGACUCUUGUCAAUAUACGCCUGUUUAUCUGAUACAAAAUCCUGGCGCCAUUCAGGGGAGAUCGUUUGUUAUAACACAAAAUCAUGUCGAAGAGCCGAAGCCAGUCAGCGAUAACCUAAAAAGAUUUUACGAAAGCAGUGGAUUGCUCGAAAACAACCUCGUAAACAAUGUCAGUAAUGUCACUAAGCCGCGAGUGCUCAAGAAGGCCGAGACUAAAGUGGUGGGGAAUAACUUGAAGCUUGCCAAUUUUCUGGUACCCAAGGUUGAGAAUACCCAAAAACAGUAUAUUGCAGUGAACAAUGUAGUUCUAAAGAAUGCGUCAGUACCGGCGCCUCCACCGCAAGUUCCUGCCACCGUGUCUGUAGUGAAUGGAACGCUGCCGAGAGUAGAAGUUGACCGCAAGAUUGUGCAAAUGAAAAUACCAACUAAUGUGAAAUUGCCCACAAAAGUUAAACCUGCACCGGAACGGAUCCUACAGUUUUUCCCAGAAAGAAUAGUUCAGACUGCUGCUAAUGAACGUACAUUGCCAAAGAACCGACCAAAAGAAAUUACAACAAGUCCAAAACAGACCAAACAUACCUCAGUACAACUAUUGAAGUUGGGAGAGACAUAUCACAGCAUCAAUCGUCUAAAUGAGGACCAAAUGAAGGUGGUGAAUCAAGCUUUGAAGAUUUUCAACAAUCCAACAGCUCACAUGCAGCCCACAUAUGACCCUGUCACCAACACCCGUUUUAUAUAUAAGGUUGUAUCACCAAGAGACUUAACAGUGGUUGGCAAUAAAAAUAAACAAAUCAUUAAGAACAAUAAAAAAGAAAAGAAAGAAGAGGAAAAGAAGGAAAAAGAGGAGAAGAGGGAUAAAGAAGAGAAGAAAGAUAGAGAAGAUUGCAUAGCUGAAGAAGAAAUGGAAGCUCUUCAUGAUGAGGUAAAAGUAACUAGAAGUGGCAGAAAAGUGAAAUUCCCAAGGCAAAUUGUACCCGAGGAUACCCAGCAGAAACCGAGGAAGAAGCGAGGAAAUCUUAUCUCUUGCUUCCAGUGCUCUGCUGAGUUCACCAGCCUAUAUCGUUUGCAAAAACACUAUGAGUGCCAGCCGACGCAUAUCCCAGCAAAAAUCCAUUCAAAUCUUUUCCAUUGUCUAUUGGCAAUCAUCAAGGGAAGCUCCGAGGAAGACCAGGCCAAUAUCUUCAUACAACAGUUGGAACAGCUGAUCGAAAAGCUCAAGUCUUUGCUGCCAUGUCUGCUGAAGAAGAUUGAUGGAAGUGAAGGGAACUCAUGUAAUAUAAAUGAUGAUAUUGCUAGAUUAUUUGGCAUGAAUCCUGGUAAGUACAACCUCAAUAUGGAUGCGCUCGCAUGUGUGAAAGACAUCGAUGGAUAUUGCCGCCAUAAUCCCGCACCGAAACCAAUAGUGCCAGACAUGAGCAAGCCACAACUUUGGCUAAACAAUGAAGACAAAGCCACAAACGACAAUGAAAAUCAAGAUUGCGCGCGGAUAAACGCUGUUGAUAAAUGGCCGACUGCUAACAAAAGACUGUGGAAAAUAAAGAAAAAGUAUUCGGAAAACGCUAAAAGAAUGAGACUGGCUUCAGACAAUACAGAAAAUGCUGUAAUAGAUUUAGAUGUUGAUGAUCUCAUUAGUUUUGUUGACAAAAAUGAUGUAAAUGACCUUAAAAAUGAUACGACUGAUCUAAGUGCAAUGAAUAUUAAUGAACCUGUCCAAAUAAAUGGUCCAGUCCAAAGUAUGCCUAUUAUACCCACAGACGUUAUAGAUUACAUGGAGGAGCAACCAAAUGGUAUAAACCAAGAUGACAUCAAACAAACGAAAAUCCCACAUAUGCAAUUUCACAGUACACAUUUCGAUAUACGUUCAUCACCUAUAAAACCAUCGGCAGCUGUGUUUUGCAAAUUUCAGAUUGAUUCAGAAAAGAUUGCAAGGUAUGAAGCGCAGGCAAUACGCCCAUUAGAUCUUGAUAAAGAACCUGCUAAAGUGGCAGAAGAUGUACCCAUUCAAAAUAAUCAUACACAAUCAGAAUCAAUAGAGCACAUUCAGACUGAUCAUUUACACACUGAUACUAUACAAUCUGAUGUUGACAGUGUUGAUCUCCAAAGUAUAUUAAGAGAUGAAAUCAUUAAUUUAUCAUGCAAAGAUGCUAAUGUAUCGGAUGACUUGAGUUUUGAUGCAACUAAAGACUUUUUUAUGAAUACUGAUAGUAAUAAAUCAGAUGAUAGUUUUAUGAAAUCAAAUGGUUUAAUCGAGCCAUCAUUAAUACAUGUCAAGGAUACAGUAGAUAAGUUACCAGUAAGCAAUGACCUAAAUCAUGAUUUAGAUAAUGACAGUGAUACUCAAUUGCUAAAUCAAGGACAUUCAGUAUUGAACUUUUUGGAGUCGUUGAGCAAUGAUUGCCUCUCAUACCCUGAGACUGAUAUUAGAAAUACUAACAUCGACUUUCAACUAGAUUUAUUUUCUUUUCAUAAUUCAUAGUAGUACAAUUAGAUUAAGUAUAAAAAUUAUAUAUUAACUAAGUAGAAGUAAUUUUAAUAACUAUUUUUAAUUAGAACAAAAUAUAGAACAUUAUAAGUAUA